AUGGGUUGGUGGUUAUUAUUUAUAUUAUUAAUAUUACAAUGUAUUGAUGGAAAUAUUAUACUGAAACCUAAAAAUAGAAUUGUAUUUGAAGAGAAUGGAAUACCGAUAAAGAUAGCACAACUGUUUUUAGAGUUGGAGUCGGAAAAUGGUCAAUUUCAAAUAUUAUCAACUAAUCAAAAUCAGACUUAUUUAUGUCACUUGCCUCAAAAUAAAGAAAUAACAGUUAAAUUACCAGAAUUUACUAUGCCAAUAGAAGAACUAAAAUCAAAAGCGCUCGAAAUUUUGUUUUCUUCAUUCAGUAAUCAAAAUUGUACUUUUAAUUAUAACAUUCUUGCAAAUUAUUGGACGAUUGGAUAUUGUUUCGGUGAUAAAAUAAUUCAAUUCCAUGAAGAACUUGAAGAUUAUAUGUCAGGUAAUCAUAAACCAAGUAUACCAAAACAUAUUUAUACAUUAGGUAGAUUUCCAGGGUCCGAAAAAUUUAAUAAGAAAGUAAAGAUAAGAAACCAAGCUGGAAAAAAUAAAGUCAGUUUAAACCCAGUAGAUUUUAGUUUAUUUGAAGGUGAUUAUUCUAUAUUUGAAAAUUUGGAACCAGAUUCAGACUCUCAAAAUACUCAAAAAUUUUUAAAACAUACUUUAUUAGAUGGUGAACUUUGUGAUUUAACUAAUAGGCCCAGGAGUAUAGAUAUAGUAUAUAAAUGUGAUUUAACAAUUGAUUAUUUAUCCAUUUUGGAAAUUCAAGAAAUAAAAACAUGUCAUUACCAAAUGAUAAUUAACGUUCCUAAAUUAUGCACAAUCGAAGAAUUUAAAAAAAAUAUAAUUCAUGAUAAUAUAGUAGAUAUAAAAUGUAAAUCAAUAGAUUUUAAAAAUGAUGAAGAGAAAGAGGGACCUGUGUCAUUUGAUGAUUUUUUCAAAUUUCCAAAUGAGUUACCCAUUGUUGAGAAUAGAUUAUUUCCAAAUAAGAAUAAUUAUAAGAUUGAUCUUAAUGAUUAUUAUAUGUAUCCGAUGGGAUCUGGAUAUUACUUAGGAACAAGAAAUGAAUCACUAAAAACUUCAAAUCCAUAUUGGAAUAAUCGAAUGAUUUUCAUAUAUGCAUUCGAUAAAGUAGAAGAUACAUUUCCAUCCCUAUUUGCAUCAUUAAUGGAUAGAAGAAUACCUAGCCCAGUUUAUAUCAAUACUAAUAUGGCUACUUCCUUAUCUUGGACCGAUAGUUUUAUUGCUUGGUAUGAAAUAUACAAUAUAUUUGGUGAUUUUAUUGCGUUAUUUAGAAUUGAAAGGGAUGGAAAUUCGAAAACUCAUCAAUUAGAAAUACAAAAAGUUGAUCCUAUGACUUUGAAAGAUUCAGAUGGCGAUUCUGUGAUUAUUGAUAAAUUUAUAGCUCCUAAUAAUCAAUGGAAUUUUGAGACAUUUUUUAGACCUAAUUUACAAAAUGUUAUUGGUGAUAAAGUUACUGAGACUGUUACUGUUACAAUAGGAGAAAUAGGAGAAAUAGAAAUAGAAACAGAAACAGCUAUAAUCAACUUGGAAGCAAAAGAAGAAGUAGAAGAAGAGGAUAUAAAUCAUGAUGAAUUAUGA